AAAAAUGAAAAAUGAAAAAUGAAAAAUAAAAAGCUUUGAUAUAGACAUAAAAGAGAGAAAAAAAAAGAAAAAAGAAACUCUCCUCUUCUGUUUAAUUUAAAUAAACUAAUUGUUUAUUCAUAGACUGAUUGGAUGAAUAAUCAUCUUUUCCUGAAUGAUAAUAAUUCAAUCAUCGACUCUAUUUCACCCAACCCACCAGAAAAUACCGUUCAACAACCUCUUUUAAAACAAACACAGUUUUCGCAGGACAAUACUGAGUCCACGACUACGAAUCCUCCUCAUCAAUACCGGCCUAUUUUUCAUAAAUUUCAAUCUGACUCAUCCACUCAGGUAUUAUUUCCGGUUGCUAAUCCUAAACAUGAAAAUCAAAACUUGAUCAAUAAAGCAGCGCAAGUAGCUAUUAAAGUGGCGGCAGAGGCGGCGGCCGCGGCAGCAGCAGCAGCAGCAGCAACAACAACAACGUCUAAAACUGAAAUAAUAGCUAAUAAUGAAUCGACUCCUACUUCUUUAAAUACCAAUCAUCAUUCAUUGACAAAAGGGAAAAUUACUGGAGAGAAUGUCACUGCCGAAAAUAUUGAGGAAGGAUAUAUUCAAUUCGUCACAAGACAUGAUCCAAAUUAUAUUAGCGAUGAUAUAGAAAGUUUAGUCUAUGCGAAAAGAAAAUUUAAUUCGGUACCCAAGACUGGUGAUCUAUGCUAUACAACUUGGGAUGUCUAUCAACUUGUUUUAAAAUUACAUCAAAAGGAGGUAUAUAAAUAUAUAUAAAAAGAAGCAAUUAUAAAGAUGGGGUUUGUUGGUUAACUCCAUUCUUCUACCUCUAUAAAAUAUACAUUCAAUAAAAAAAAAAAAUAGAUAAAAAAUUGGUCUCAAUUGGUAGGUCAAUUGGGUUUGGCAGAUAUGGCAGGAAGGCCUCAAUUUGCUCAAAGAGUGAAACGAUGGAUGCAUAAGUAUAAAAUAGACUGUUAUUUCGAUUAUUUGCUCGGUAAUGAAUAUCAGUAUUUUGCACCAGAUAAUAAAUACUCAUACUGUCUAUUGAUUGGAAAUUACAAAAAAAGGAAAAAGAAUAUGACGUUGACAACCAUGGCUGAUCAUCAUCAUCAUCAUCAUCAUCAUCAUCAUCA